GGGGGUGAAUAAGCUCCCACAGUUUACAGUUGGAGCAGGACAAGAAGGAGCCGGGCUCACUCCAGGGACAAAGCACCAGAAGUAAAGCUGUUUCAAUCCGAACCGGGAGCGGCGGGGGGAGGACGAGCCAAGUCAGAACACUGCACACCUUGUUGCGUUUAGAGCGGCGAACGGAGCACUCUGCCAUGCCAGCCGCUGUCUGCAGGCGGGAUGGCAGGAGGAGCCGGAGCUUGACUUGCAGACGUCGCCCUGCUGGUUCGCUCAGCGGACAGUUAAUUGUCACCUGGGGGCAGCUAUAAGCGGCAGCUCGGGGCAGCGCGGCGGCUUUCUGGAGUCCGCUUUCAGAGGAGCCGCAGGAGCAGCUGGUGGAUGUUGCGCCAUGGAGAUGAAGAGGAAACUUCGAGCCAUGCUGAUGCUCAUAUGGAUCUUCCCAGGUGACACCCGAAAGGUGGAGAUGCCCAGCAGAGAGAUGGAGGUGGUGAAGGGCCAGCUGGUGGUGUUACAGGCCUGGUACAGCCCCAGCUCCGACAUCUCCCAAAACACCGUCAUUUGGCACUUUACAGGGAACGAUUCCAAGCAGGUGAUCAACUUUAGUUCAGGGAAAGUUGGGCACGGACAAAACGAGUUCACCAAGAGAGUGGGCUUCAGUGUGACCAUGCCCUCCGCCAACCUGUCCAUCUACAUCAACAACACGCAGGAGAGCGACUCGGGCCUCUACUUCUGCCACGUCAUCGUCCCCGGAGGGCGCGGCAUUUCCGGAGAGCUGCGGCUUAACGUCAAAGUCCCGCCCUCGCCGCCCCUGUGCAGCAUGACGGGGAACCCGGUGGUGAAGGGCAACGUGACUCUGAGCUGCCAGUCCAGCCAGGGAAAACCCGCCCCUCACUACAAGUGGACCAAGGCCGCGCCCACGUCCGAGGUCUUUUUCUCCCCAAUGCAAAAUGAGAGACACGGCACCCUAAGGCUGAGCAACCUCACCAAAGGCAUGUCGGGGAAGUACAUCUGCCGAGCCAGCAACACGGCCGGCUCCGACAGCUGCUCCAUUAACCUGGAGGUCAUCACCCCUUCCAACGGUGGAAUGAUCGCUGCAGCGACUCUGGGGUCCGUGGUGGGGCUGGUCGCCAUGGUGCUCAUCCUCAUAUUCAUACUGAAGAGGAGGCAGGACACGGAGGAGGAGAUGGCCAACGAGAUCAAGGAGGACGCUCAGGCGCCAAAGCGAGUGUCGUGGGCCAAGAGCAACACCGGCUCAGACAUUGUGUCAAAAAACGGCACCCUGUCCUCCAUAGCCACCAGCCCCCGCUCGCAGGACCUCCACCAGCCCAAAUUCCCGUACCCGUACUCCCCCAUUUCGGCAUCGGACACGGGCUCGGUGAUCAACGCCUACCAGCUGCGACCCGGGACGGCCUGCAGCCUGCAGGGGCUCCCCGGGUACAACAUGGGAGGCGGGACCCCUGUACGCAAACACAAGAGGCCGCCCAGCGCGAACGGAGGGCCCCCGCAGGUCGCCAGGGGCCCAGUGGUUGGCACCCUGCUGAAAAGAACUGAGGGGCCUCAGCCUCAGGUUCCUGGCCCGGUCGCCGCGUCGCCGCACAUCAGCUCCUCCACUCUGACGCGCAUGGGGGCCAUCGCCGUCAUGGUGCCGGCCCAGAGCCAAGCAGGCUCCCUGGUGUAGCCAGCAGAGGACAGAUGGAGAGAACGUCUCGGGGUGCAGAACAUUUCCUCAUCCGAGGAGAAAAUGUCCGACGAGGGACUUUAUUUGCAAAAACUUUACCUUCAGGUUGUUGGAGGAAUCAAACUCAGUGCAGCGUUCCUCGUCUCUCUAUAGCAUUUGUUCCAGAUGCGGCAUUCACGCUCAAUACAGAGAAAUAUAUAUUUAUUUUUACACGCCUCGUAAUGGAAUCCAACUGUUGAGAUAGGCUGGUUAGCAUUUUGUCUCGAUAUAAAAACACUGAAAAGUAUCCUAAAGGGUUUUGCAGCUGAUGGAAAAUGAAAAUGUUUUGACUACAUUUCUAAGCUUUGUAUAAUAACCUUAUAAUGGACAGAUUUAUGUCCCUUUCUCCCUGCCUGUGUAGGGAUUAGUCUUCAGUUUACCAGGCGUUAGUUCUGAGCAAAAAAAAAGGAAAGAAAAACUCAAAGUUCAGGUGCAAGUAUUUUACUUUCCUCGACUUGCUCACGUUGUGUUUAAUUAAAAUGUGUGCAGAAAUAUCAGAGUGAUUCCGUGGUGUGGUACUGAGCGUUCAUUUUUAAGGAGUACUUUACCUGUUACGGUAGCUUGAACGUGAACUAAGUGUUGAGUGUAACGUUGAUGGUUUAUAAUUACGGUGCUUGAUUUUUCAUCAGCCACUGCAGACGUUUAGGCCGUUUGGGUUUUAACAAAGAAAACAGCUCGGCGGGUUCAGCCGGUUCUGGUUUUCUUGCAAAUGCUGGAAAUAAUGUGGCUGAUGCUGUGAAAGCUGAAAUAUGUAACUUUUAUUUAUUAGAAGGUAUAUUGUUUUUUAUAUAUACAUAUUUGUUAAAACUUUCACUUUGUCAGAACAGUAUUAUACAUAACCAUUUAUCUGUAAAAUUAAAAAAAAAACAAAAAAAAACUAAUAGUUAAUGCGAGCAAUCUCGGUCAGAAACAACCAAUCAGAGUUACUAGAAAGCCGUCAAUCAAGCUAAUGUACUUGCUGCUAAAUGUGCAGAAACUACUUACCGGUACAGAAAAGCUGUUUGUUCACAGUUAUCUGUGGCUAUGCUAACUAGCCUUAGCAUUUACGGCAGACUGUUGUGGGUUAGCAGCUGUGCUAAGAUGCUAACACCAUCCUCCUGGCUCUGAUUGGUUGUUUCUGACCAAGCAGUGAAACCACAGGGAGGAGUCCGAGAAGUGCAAUUUUUUUUUUCCACAAUCAUCGUAAUCAUAAUUCUUCUGAGCAAGAAUUAUGACCAUACAUACUGUCAUGACACAGUGGCAAUUUUAACAAAUAUGUAAAAACAGUUUCUUAAUGAAAGUUACCUACUGCAGCUUCAAAAGGUUUCACAUGUUAUUUUGAAUGCAGUUGUCAUUUCUCACGUUUAUUUUGUUGUUUUUAAAUAAAAUGUUCUGGAUUGUUUGACCACUAAUGUGAGUUUUAUAUUUUGAACAAUACGGAAAAAAAAAUGACCAAAGUGUGAAUCAGGCACAAUAUAUUUGUUUAGAGGAAGAUUAGAUGUUUUAUUAUGGAGUGCAAACACAACCUUUCCGCUGACCCCAGACUAGAAAUCUGGAUAAAAACACACUCAAAAUGCACUUACAACAUCAGACGGGACAUGGAAGGCCACUUGGAACAAAAAUGUGUUAUUGACACCAACGUUUGACUCUUUACAAACUAACAUUUUAAAGACAUCUAAUUUUAUAAAGCUAUUUGUAGUAGCAUAAAAUUUACAUUUUUUCAGUAACUAGUGAAUGUAACUUUGUAUUCUAAGCUUAUAAACUGUGACAGUGAUGUCGUCUUCAUACCUUUAUCUCUCAGUUUAG